GAAGCAGCUGGACUCCACUGGACUCCCCGCUCUCACUGCAGCACUCUGAAUUAUCUGGCUGACUGUCCUGUUGACGCUUGGAGAAUGUCUGACUUUGUCAAGGACAAAUUAAAGGAAUGGAACCUCCAGGGCUUGAUACCGCAGUUUGAGGCUGAAGAAAUUACUGAGGAGAGUUUCUUAAUUCUUGAAGAGAAAGACAUUGAUAAAUUGAUUGACAAAGUUGGACCAAGGAGAAUAUUCAUUAUGAAACACAAAGAAUUUUGUCAGUCUCAGGCUGAGCCGUCCACCAGUGCCUGCAGGACUCCACCAGCCACUAAAAAAGGGAGGAAAAGGUCUGCACACGCUAACAAAACUGCUGAAAAUGAAAAAGCCAAAAAGAAAUCAAGAACUGGUGAAAAUCACCAUGACACAGUGUUGGCAACAAGUGAAGAAGCUAAAAUGCUGACUGAAGUGAAAGAGAUCAUGAAAAACGUCUGUGGCAAACUGGAUAAGGAGACUGACACAGAGCUCAAUGCCUUUCUGAAAGGAGAAAUCAAAGAUUUGGAAACACCCAGAAAGGAGACGGUGGGAGUCUUUGGUAAAACUGGGGCUGGAAAAAGCUUUCUGAUAAAUGCUAUCAUCGGUGCAAAGAAUCUCUUGCCUUCUGGAAAAGUCACUGCAUGCACCUCAGUCGUGACUAAGGUGGAGGCAAAUGAGGGCAGCUCUGAUUACGUGGCAGAGAUUGAGUUCAUUUCCAAAAAGGAAUGGGAUGAUGAGUUAUGGUCCUUACUGAUGAUUAGCAUUGAUGGGAAAUGUGAUGAUGGUGGAAAGAUCUCAGCACUGUAUAGAGAAGGAAUUCAAAGAUCCUAUGAGGAACUAAAGCAAGACAAGCAUUUUAAAAGUCUUCCAGAAUUUCUCUCAUCUACAAAGAAGGAACUGAGAUGUGCCACAGCCUCACAGCUAUCUGCACAACUUGUCAAGUUCACAAAACAUGACAAGUCAGGAAGACAGUACUGGCCACUGGUGAAGUGUGUGACUAUCAAGGCACCGCGUGUCCAUGAUCUUCUGGAGUAUGUCACACUUAUGGACCUUCCUGGAACUGGAGACUGUAACCCACACAGAAAUAGAAUGUGGAAAGAGUAUGUUGGAAGUUGUUCCACUGUGUGGAUUGUCACUGAAAUUAAUCGAGCUGCAUCAGAAAAAGAAGCCUGGGAUAUCUUUGAAGAUACCAUCAAUCUCAUAGGAAAUGGUGGAGAGUGUCAACGCAUCAUCUUCAUCUGUACCAAGUCUGAUGACAGUGGGAAAGGUUGCCGUUUGGUGGCUGUGAUGUCCCAGCCCACGACUACAGGGGGCGCCACCGCAGAGACCACCCCGACCCAGACAGACAGGAGCCCACACCACGGCCAUAAGGCCCGGAACAGGACCCCCAGCCAUCCAGGCCAGGACAGCCCCCAGGACGGCACCCCCUGCAGGCAGGCAAACAAACCAGAGGUUUGCAGGAUCCUGGAACAAAUAAAAGAAGCUGAAGUUGAUAAAAUCCGUCGGUCCAUAGACGAAGCUUAUAAGGCAUUUGAGACCCGCAUCGAAGAGGGUGUUGAAAAAUCUCUCCAAUCAUAUGAAAAAGACAUGAGAAAGACCAUCUUAGACUCUAAAGGGAAAAAGGACCAAGGGUUUCAUAAGAAGUUGAGGUCUUUAGUUGUGAAUGGUGGCAUCUACAAACCAGCUGACAAGGAAAAGCGCACAAUUGACAUCAAUGAGAUCUUAGCUUCACACCUGAGAGAGAGCAUUGACAAAAAGUUCAUGGAGACUUUCCCGAACGACAGAAGCCGUGGACCUUUCAAUGGAGCCAUCAGCAAGUUUACACUUGGCACAGAGCGCCUGGCUGAAAAGUACACAGAUGUGUCACUGCACCUGACAUUUCUCAGAUCAGAGGAAGAAAAACUGAAAAUGCAACUGAGGGAUGAAAUCACAGAGCGUAAGAAAGAGAUCUACAACACUCUGCAAGAGUCAAUCAAGGAAACCAUGCAACCGUGUUACCAAGACGCAGCAAAGGAAACAGGAACUGGCAGUCUGCAAAGGAUGAGGGACAAAAUUGAGAAGCACCUGCAAGACUCCAAGUCCACCAUGUUCAACAAGGCGAAGGACGACAUGCUGCAUAAGAUGAGAGACCUGAGGGAAUGGAUCCUGGGGACAGUGAAUUACAAAAUGGAGAACGCAAUCAAGCUGUCACUCAAGACAGGUGAUGACUCCCUCCCAGAUGUCUCUGAGGAGUAUGACAAGGUGAAGAAAUACUAUGAGGAACUGAGAGCCAGAGAGACUUGUUCACAACAGAGCAUCCAGCAGGUGCCUGAGCCCUGAAGACAAGAGGAGAAAGAACACCAUCCCCCAGUCGUGGCUUUGACUUGUUUUACUUU